AGCGAAAUGUCAUUUUGGGAAGUGGUUUUAAAAAAUAGCAACAACGCAUUGACACAUCCAUGGAUAACAGAGAAAGAGCGAAAAAUCACAGCUGAACCAGUGAAUAAAAAAGAUGAAGAGAGAGAGAUUUAAUCACAGAAUGCACCAACGACAUGGCAUCCGCUUUCUUUAAUAUGCUACAUGUUUUUCCAGAAGAACACAGACAAACUGCAUGCACACAGAGCACAUCUUUGUUGUGUUUCCCUGAAUGCUGUGCGCAAAACCAGAGAAACCAAGCAGCACCUCCCAAAAAGCUGCUGAGUGACAUUUAAAGCAGAGGAGGAAACUUAAACACUUUUUGUUCUCCUUCCUGACCCGUGAUCCUUGUGCGAUGGACCGGCCUCUGCUGGGUCGAUUGUCGGCUUGGGGCUGCUGCUCCUUCAACACCCUCAAAGCCUGGCUUCCCAUCCUCUCCUGGCUACCCAGGUACAAGCUGAAGUGGCUUCAGAUGGACCUACUCGCAGGCCUCACCGUCGGGUUGACGACUGUACCGCAGGCGCUGGCUUAUGCUGAAGUAGCCGGCCUUCCGGUUCAGUACGGACUCUACUCUGCUUUCAUGGGUGGGUUCAUCUACACCCUCCUGGGGACCUCUAAGGACGUGACACUGGGUCCCACUGCCAUCAUGUCCCUCCUGUGCUUCUCCGUGGUGGGGGGGGAGCCGCACCAAGCCGUGCUGCUCAGCCUCCUCUGUGGAGUCAUCCAGGCCCUAAUGGCAUUACUGAGAUUAGGUUUCCUGCUAGACUUCAUCUCUUUCCCUGUAAUAAAAGGUUUCACUUGUGCUGCUGCGAUAACCAUUGGCUUUGGCCAGGUCAAGAAUAUACUAGGACUUCAGGGCAUUCCCCACGAGUUUGUCCUGGAAGUCUACUACACCUUCUACAAGAUCCCAGAAGCCAGGAUAGGUGAUGUGGUACUGGGGCUGCUUUGUCUCGCUCUGCUGGUCAUGUUGUUUUUUAUGAAGACGAGUCUGGGCUCUGACGACGCUCCCACCUGCUCCAGAGUCGCCAGGAAACUAGUGUGGACAGUUGCUACCAUGCGUAACGCUCUGGUGGUCAUGGCUGCAUCCUUGGUGGCAUUUUCUUGGAAUGCUUACGGCCAUCCCGUGUUUACAGUCACUGGGGAAACUUCCCAGGGCCUCCCGCCGAUCAGGCCCCCACCCACCUCAGACACCACAGCUAACGGCACCGUCGUCUCCUUUGGACAGAUUGUAGAGGGCUUUGGAGGAGGGCUUGCGGUAAUUCCGUUCAUGGGUUUGUUGGAGAGCAUUGCAAUUGCCAAAGCUUUUGCCAGUCAGAACGACUACAGAAUUGAUGCCAACCAGGAGCUGCUGGCAAUUGGUGUGACCAAUAUCAUGGGCUCCUUUGUGUCAGCCUAUCCUGUCACUGGCAGCUUCGGAAGGACGGCAGUAAACUCUCAGACUGGUGUUUGCACUCCAGCUGGAGGAAUCAUCACCAGUGUGAUAGUGUUGCUUUCCCUGGCAUUCCUCAUGCCGGCCUUCUACUACAUCCCCAAAGCUUCCUUAGCUGCUGUUAUCAUCUGUGCUGUAGCUCCCAUGGUGGAUUACCGUGUUGUGGCUAAGAUGUGGAAGAUACGCAAGCUGGACUUGCUGCCUUUUGUUGUGACGUUCCUGAUGAGUUUUUGGCAGGUGCAGUAUGGCAUUGUAGGAGGUGUAGCUGUAUCUGGAGCCCUGCUGCUGUUCAACUUGGCAAGACCCCAGAUAAAGGUGUCUGAUCAUGGAAUGCUGGUGAUGGAGCUGGGUAGUGGACUCAGCUUCCCUGCCACAGAGUAUCUCAGCCACAUCAUACACACUCAAGCUCUGCAGGUGGCUCCUCCACGCUCAGUGGUCCUGGAUUGCCAUCAUGUCAGUAUUGUUGAUUACUCAGUGAUCAGCGAACUCGGGGACCUGCUGAAGCAGUUCAAAUUACGAGAAGUGCAACUGGUCUUUUCCAGAAUGCAGCCCUCUGUUCUGGAGGUUCUCCUCGCAGCUGGUCUGCAGGGUUUCAGGUAUACAGACAGCGUGGAGGCGGCGCUGCAGAUGGAGUCAGAAAGCCUCCUCAAUGUAUGACACAAAACCAUCCAAUCACAGACUGGAGAGGAGAUUUCUGAUGCUGGACAGAAGAAAUGUAGCAACAAUGAUCAGUGACAUUUCUGAUCUGAGGUUAUUGGGCUGUUGAAAACAACUGAUUCACUUGCUGUAAGGUGUACGGCUAAACUAGAAUCAGGAAAUCACUGUGGGAUCUCCGAGAUUACAGCACUACAUUGCAAUCGCACAACAUCACUGAACAAGAUGUCUAAUACUGUGUUUUACAGCAUUGUAUAUGCUUUUGUGCUUACGGGUGUCUGUUAGUCAAUAAUGACCAAAACAGAGGCACCCAGAUAGCUCAGUGGGUAGAGCGGGUACCCAUAUACAGAGGCUUGCUCCUCGACGCAGCGGGUCCGGGUUAGAAUCCGGCCUGCGGCACCUUUGCUGCAUGUCACUCCCCCUCUCUCUCUCCCCCUUUCACGCAUCUUUGUCUGUCUAAUAAAGGGAAAAACCCCCGAAAAAAAUAACUUAAAAAAAAUAAAUAAAAAUAAUGACCAAAACAGAGUAACGGUAACACAUAUGCCACCAUUAAAACAAGUUGUUUUUACUAUCUAAGUAAGUGUAAGGUGAAUGGUUUUCCUUAUUUUUUCAAUUUUUUAUUGCAAUAUUUUUAAAACUGGGUUUUUUGGGAACACUACACAAAAUUAGCACAACCACACACCCAAUUUGCAGAACACAUCAGACCCUCUGCUAAAUGAAACACUCUUGCAAAAAGUAUACACUAAUUUAUAAAAAAAAAAAACACAAUUUGUUACCAUAUGAAACCCACACAUUCCAUAUAACAUACUUCAGUUUGAACCAGUUACACACUGUUGUUGCUAACCUAAAACACUUUUAGCAAUUCUACUUCUAAUUUCUAAUUAUACUAUUGUAGUGUUCUGUUUUACAGCGUACUUUAAUAUUUAACUGGUGAUAAGACCGAAAUAAUAUGAUUUAAAUAAAUAAUUAAAUACUAUGAUAACAUCUAAAUACAUAUAGAUGGACAUCGUUAUGGUUUAAAAAAAAUCAAUAAACAACAUAGCAAUCCAGCUUCCCUGGCCAAAAUAGACCGCAACAAUAACAUUAAAAGGAAUAUAUUUAAAACAUGAUAAGAUCUCAUUAAUAAAUGUUGAUUAAAAC